AUGAGGGUGGAAAAAGAAGAAAGGAAGAAGAGUUAUCCUGAUUCUGAAAAAUUGAUAAAAAAGUCCAAUUUUUUCAGAAGAAAUGUGUGUCCUCACGAGGAAGUGGAAAUUGUGACGCUCAAGGAGCCAUGUGUGCAAGCAUACACAAAAUAUGUCCGAAGUCGGAAACCUGGAUGUAAUGGGAAGUUUCAAAGUUGCGCGGUGCGACAACCAAAGACAAUCUACUUUCACACCUACAAAAAAGUCAAUCGAACGAGACGUCACACGAUUGCGGAGUGCUGUCCAGGAUGGGUCCAUCGACCGGGAGAAGCGGGGUGUCAGAGAGAAGACAAUGUUCCACUCAAAGAUGUAUGUUUCAAAUACCUAGUUUCUAUAUUAUGUCACUUUAUUAUCGGUUAA